AUAGAAUUUUUAAAGUAAUAUAUUUAAUAUCUUCUUUUGGUAUAGACUCUUAGAAUUGUGAACUGUUUAGUCCAUGACAUUGCUAUCAACUACCGCGCGACGAACUUUCACACAAGCAUUGCACCAUAAUUCGAAAAUUCUAACAACCCCUAAAUUCUCACCGGUAGUCAACAUGACAACUGCUGUGUUCAAACAUAUUGAUGCAUCAGCAAUUCCGCAGGGGACAAGGCCAUGGGCCAAGGUCGAUAUCGAAGCUACUUCGUUUAAGCUAGGUGACCAUACCCGCCCAGUGAACAACAUCCGAGGGCAGGAAAGCGAGUUUACCACAGACAACUCCGGCUUUGCCGUUUACAAUGAACCGUCAAAUGAGAAGUUAUUUACAGAUGAUGCCGCUGUGCGUGGUCCAUACUAUCAGGAAAUCGAGGAUCUCCUAAGGAAGCGAAUUCCUGGUAUCAAGAAGGUGGUCAUAUUUGACCACACCAUCCGGAGACGUACACCGGAGGCUGCUCGGGCUCCGGUACAGCAGGUCCACGUCGACCAGACGCCCGCCGCGGCCGAAGCCCGUGUGCGCCGUCAUCUCCCCGCGGAUGAGGCCGAGGAGCUAUUGAAGGGCCGCUUCCAGAUCAUCAACGUGUGGCGGCCCAUCGAAAACCCAGCAAGCGAUCACCCCUUAGCCGUCAUUGACUGGCGCUCGACGAAGCCAGAUGAUUUCAUCCCGGUGGACCUGCUCUAUCCUAAGCGUGCAGAUUUCACAGUAGACAAGGACGACAGGGGAAAGGAAGUGCGUCCCGACGACUCGACCAGAUACUCGGCGGAAGGAUACGAGGUCAGGGGCGAAACGAUGUCAGUUGCGCCGAGCGACGCGCAUAAGUACUACUACCAGAAGGACAUGACGCCGGAUGAGGUCAUUCUAUUAAAGUGUUAUGACUCGUUCGGCGAGGGCCAACCCCAAGGGAAGGCGGGAAUUGCGGUGAGGACGCCGCAUACGGCUUUUAUCGAUCCUCAGACACCUAAGGAUGCGCCCCCGCGGCAGAGCAUAGAGGUGCGGUGCUUGGUCUUUUAUGAGUAGCGUUACUAUCUUGACUUAGCGUAGAUAUAGUUACGAGCGGCUCUUCUAUAAUACAAUAUUCCCAUAAUGGUUUUGCACAUUUUAUUUAAGACUAGCCCCUUUCGAGCUAUUUGAUGAUUUCAAGACAACUUCAUGUAAACUAGAAUACACAGUUUAACCUUUCGAGUUUGGCGUCCCUUGCGUUUACCCCUGUUCGGUAUAUCAUACCCCGAUACAUGUACUACCUUGUGCCCGAGGUCAGCUUCACUACUUCCAGGUCAACUUGACAACGUGCUUCCCACCAGCCAGCCGCUCCAGCCAUGCUUCAUCCCUCUAACAUAGAUGACGGCUUUCCGGCCGAAAUUUUGCAGCUGAUCUUUGACAAUUUGGUAAGCGAGACCAGGACUCUCGCUCGAGUCGGGCUCGUCUCCCGCUCGUGGCGAACACUCUCACUCCCCUUCUUGCUCAAGGAUGUCGAUCUCAGCAGUCACAACAACGGCCGGCUUCCUGAGUACGAGACACCGUCUUUCCCUCUUCUUCGUGGAGUCGUCAUGGCCGACUACUCGGACGAGUACCGCCCUCGCAGCCUGGUCCCACGCCAACGUGCCUUCCUUCGCCUCAUAACGGACCGCCCCGAGCUCGCCAUGCAUGUCAAAGCCUUUACUUGGACUCUCGUGUGGAAAGACUUUGAUGAGAACGGCCUGGCGGACAUGGACUUGCGGACCUGGGACGUUUUUAGUCGCUUGCAGAAUGUCGCCCGGCUGGAC